AUAUAGAAAACUGUGUGUUGUAUGAUGAGAACCUGGACUUUAGAUAUUGAUAAAACUUGCCUGUAUAACAAAAUAUUUUGAAGGAUUAUUUAAAGGAUUUACUAAAAUUUGUGGAUUUAAAAAGUUAUCUUUGAAGAGAGGAAUUAUAAUUUUUGGAUAUACUAAAGUUACUUUUGAACUGUGUGAAACAUUGUGUAAUUUAUUCUGAUUGGAUUUAAAUUUGACCUGGACAGGAUGUGGACAAUUUUUACAUAUUAUUAGAUUUUACGGCUCUUUGGCAUUUUUGAAGGUAGAAUCUAUUUGCAUUGUUUCUUAAUUUCAUGAAUAAAAUUUUGUUAUUGUUACUAGUUGCUUGUUUGUCUGCCUGUAACUUUUAUCUACUGCAACAAGAAAUUGUUUCCCUCUGACGUAACAGUAGAUUUUCCCCCUAAACUGAGCCAGAGAGCCAUGCACACAGCAGAUAGAAACAUGACAAGCUGGUUGGUUCAAAAAUCAAACAACACGUACAUUUUGAUGAUAUAAAAGAUAUAAAAAUGGGUAAGGAGUAGAUAAAAUAAUAGGGUUGUUGGCGAAAGUGGGAAAAAGGAAGGAUAAAAAUUCUACAGGGAAAACCACGGUCCAAAAACCUAAUCUCUCUACACCGCAAACUACAGCAGUCAUCAUUGAUUCGGCUGAUUGGUCUUUUUUAGUGUUUUUUUUUGUCCGAGUAUACAAGCAUAGGGGUAUAACUGCAGCUGGGAAGAGAAAAAGGGAAUUAAUGCUAGGUACAUAAUGGGAUGUGUAUUUCCUAUAUUUUGAAUUAAUAUGCAAUUUAGAGUUCAGGUUAUGCAGUGCAAGAAUACUGUGACACGAAUGGUAAAUAAAAGAGCAUUCCUUGUUUCAAAAUUAUUCUACUCCUAUCAUUUGUUACUUGCACUUUCACUUCAUGGAGAAGCUAACAGGUACACAGCCGUUACAAGACAGGAGACAUGCAAAGGUCCUGCUUCAAGCAGAGAAGUUCCCCAGGUCUUUUCAAGAUCAUCCCAAAGCCAAGUUGGAUGGCUACACCAGCAAUCAGCUCAAACAUAGCCUUCAUCCACGAAGCAAAGAAACCUAAUCGAGAGUUCAAAACUGAGCUGAACAUACCAACGACUCCGCUAGGUAGAGAAGACAUUAUAAAUCCUCUAGCGAAUUAUCUGUCUUCAGUGACUGUGAGACUUGCUGUUCCUCAUCUUGACCGCGGGAACGAUGAAGACUAUCCUCCGGAAACAUGAACUCAUGUCUAUACAGAUGGAUCAGCCACAUGCGCCAUCAAAGAUGGAGGAGCAAGAGUUUUCAUUCUAUUACCAUCUGGCAAGAGAGAAACACUACAUGCAGUCACAGGAAAUCACUGCAGCAAUUACAAGGCGGAGACUGAAGCACUCAUGACGGUCGUCUCAAUUAUUGAAGACUCGACAGAAGAAAGCUUACGAGUCGUCUUUCUCACAGAUGCACUGUCUGUCAUGGAAGCUCUGAUCAACAAUAAAGCUCCGCAGCUAGCCAGGAGAAUGCAGAGCCUGAGAAUACCCAACCUGCAAAGUAGCACUUCAGUGGGUUACAUUCCAUUGUGGACUUGCAGGCAAUGAAGAGGCAUACCAUGACAACUGGCUGAGCUAGGAGCUCAGUCAGAACAACCAACAACACCUAUGAGCUACAAGGAGAAAGUCACCAUCAUCAAGGCACUAACGAGACCAAGGAUAUAGGAAGAUGCUUUUCAUCUUCUUGAUAGGUCUGAACAAGUGAUGCUGGUCAGGCUUCGUUCAGGGCACAACAAGCCCAAUGCUCACAUGUACAAGAAAUACAGACUGGCACCAUCACCAACCUGUCCAUGUGGUGAGGAAGGUCAGACUACUGAGCAUAUACUCCAGAAAUGUAAAAGGCAUGACCAGGAGCGAGCUGCGACUUGGCCGAUAGAUACCUCAGUCCACCAGAAACUGUAUGGAGGCAUUGAGGAUCUGCGGCAAACCACAAGUUUCAUCGAGGCUACUAGUCUGAAAGUGUAGUCGCGUACGGAGAAGUAGAAGAAGUUACUUGCACUUGCUAUAACGUUCAGUUGCCAAUAGUAGUAUCUAAUACAAACGUUAUCCACGGUGGGGAAAUGGACACCGCAUAUAUACCCCAAAAAGUGAUAAAUAAUCAAACAAAUGUCCCGUCAUUUUUCUUUAUCAGAGGUAAGAUCUUGCUGACUUACGCUUAUCUACCUUAUCCAUAAAUGAAACCAGUAUUUAACUUAUUGCUGAAUGCUAAAUUUGAAACCAUAUCCCUUCGACCGUGGAGGUAAAAGGUCGUAUGCGAUGGAUAAGCAUUCUCACAGUUACCUUGUUCAAAAUACAUAGUUACUGUUCUCAGUCCGCUAAACAGCUAUCCCCUGUGCAGCAAUUUGUUUGCUUCGUCUAUCCCCAGUACGCCUUCAGGCCAACAAAAAAGUAUGAAUAUCUCAGUAACCACAAAACAUAUCGUAUUGAUAAUUUACACAACUUCGGACCACGUAAUUGCAAUAAAAUAUCUAUAUUCAGUUCUUAUUCUUAUUUUCUAUUUGUUGUUAUAUUUUUGAAAAAUUACCACCAUACUGAACAUUUGUGAGCGAUCAUGCAACUUUCAGCGAGAAUUAUGCCACUAAAUAAGCGGAGAGACACAAUACCAUCACAGUCGUAUAUUGCAUAGGAUCAAGCUAUUUGUAACUCUUUUUUGUGAAUACAUCAUCAUAAAUCACACAAAAAAAAUUGAAACUUUCCGUGUACCAAAAUGAAGCGUGUAUAGAUUUAUCAAUUUCUUGGGUAUAUCCGGUGCCCGUUUCCCCACUGUGUUAUCAUUGAUUUUUAACAAUCACUAUUUAUUUAGGACACACUAAAGAUUUAAAGGAUAGGACUUGAAAAUUAAAUAUGUGGACUUUUAGUAUUCCUUUUCGUAUUGAUGUGAUGUCAUAAAAUAUUAUUAUGGAGGCGUACAUGAAAGAGAUAAUUAAAGAGGCAUUCCAAGAAACAGAAGUGGUGUAUCGGAAUGAAUUUUAUGAACCAAUUAACGCUCUUUUUCUUGACUGGGUUAAACAAUAUACAUGUGUUAGGCAACUAAAUGUUGCAGUUUGUGACCUUCUGGAUUUUAUGGGGAAUAAGUAUUUCGAUAAUGAAUCCGUAUCAGUUGGUAGUUUAGGGGAAGGUUUAGGAAUGCUUUCAAAUGACAGAGAUGUUAUCUACGUCAACGACGAAGUUAAUGUUGUCUUACCAGACCAGAACAUUGAACCAACUGAAGAUGAUUUGGUUAUUGAUACCAAUAACUGUUUUCCUGGUUAUUGCAGACUUAAACUUCACAGACUGAACCGAAGGAAUGUUGAUACAUUUGGAAAUGAAGUUAAACAAAUCGGAAGAGAAUGGUUUUUAAAAACUUCAUGCAUGGUAAAAAAUUUUAAGACAUCAAAUGCACUUUACAGCUCAUGGGAAACCAAUGGUCCUGCGUUAUCUGACGAUUUAGUUCGGCAAGAUUUCGUUUUAGCUUUAAAAUGUCGUAAUUCGGAGACACUCAUGCAAGAAUAUCUUGGGCGCGAGAGAGUUUGGCCAUGCAAUGAAAGGCUGAAAAUCAUGACGGAAACCAUUCCUUGUACAGUUGUUACUUCCGUUCAUCAUAACAGUUUAGAUCCAACUAUAGAAUUCAGAUUGUCUUUUGCACAAGCUGAACGAUUCCUAAUAAGGAAUAUGUCAACAUAUCAGUUUGUUGUCUAUGUUUUCCUGAAGCAAAUCAAACCUGCUUUAGAGGCUCAUGUCUGUGGCACUGAUGUAAUUCGAUCAUACUAUAUCAAAACAGUGUUGCUAUGGGCAUGUGAAAACAUUUCACAGACCGAAUGGAGUGAACGUUUUUUUCUAAGAAACUGUCUAUGGUGUUUAAAAAUGUUGAAACUGUGUUACAAACAUGGAGUAUUACCGAGCCUAUUUGUCCCCCAAAAUAAUCUUCUCGAACAGUUCGACAAGCAAAUUCUUGCGAUGGCACAUUCUGUGAUAAUAUCUUUUACAGAAGAUGAUUAUUUCCUAAAAUAUAUUCUUGGAUAUUUUUGCGACGACACCUAUGAACCAUUUGAACAUAUCUUCCGUCACAUGCGUACCCGAUCAACAGAAGCUACAUUACGUCAUACUUUUGCAAAACACUGCACGUCAUCAUAUCCAUUAGACAGUACUAAGUUCAUGAUGGAGUGUGAAACACUUGCUUAUGUCGCAAUAGACAGGGGUUCGGAUGAUCGAGAGGUUCAAAUUCCUUUGAUAUACGAAACGAUAGAAAGUAUACAUGAUGUAUUGAGAGAAUAUCCGGUUGAGUAUCAGAACUGUAUAAAAACCCUUUUUAAGAGAUAUUUUGCAGACUACUUGCAUUCAGCCGGCAAGUCACUUCGGGAAUACCGAGCAAAGUGCCUCGAGUUAUUAGAAGAAAGCAUGGAUUUAUGUUUGCCAAUAUCAAUGCGAAACGAUCAAAAUGUUUCUGGAAUAAUACAUAUUUCUGUAUUUCAUUAUUUAAACGGAGAUCUCGACAAAGCCCUUGACAACAUUUUGAAAAUAGAGCGAAAAAUGUUGGGUUUGAACAUUUUGCAUGAUGUAAUGUUUGCGGCAGAUUUCAAGACAAAAGACCGUCUUGCAACAGAUCCUUUCUUAUUUAAUUUAUACACGACAUGUGAACCUUCUGGUAAAGAAAUUUACUUUACGGUUACUAUUAAAUACUUAGCGUUGGCAAUGUAUGUUAUGUCCAGAUGUGUUUGCAUCAACAAUGAAAGACGGAUAACAAAAGGAAAGAUUACACAGUACAGAAAGAAAAUUUCAUCGUACAUUACAUGUCUGAAACAAGCCCGCGUUGACGUCAUCUUUCAGAACACCUUGCUUGUGCUUUCGAAAUCUCGUGAUAACUUCUUGCAGUAGAUCAUCUGGUAAGAAAAUCUUGACGGUUUGAUAAAAGUCCUUACCUAACCCGAUUAUCAGACUUGUGUUUUAGUACUUUAUGUUGCUUAAACUCACUGCCACACACGAAGGCUGAAGCCUGAUUUUGAAAUAAUUUCCAUCACUUAUAGAAAAAAAUCGGUAUCAAAAUCGAAUGAUAAGAGAAUUUGACCCAGGGUGUCACCUUCUGUAUCAUUCAAGUUUCCUGUUCAUUAACAUAAAUCUAUUAUAAUACAAAGCUGCUAAAUUUCUGGUAUAAGAUGUGCUGAAAUGUAUAAAUUGUUAUUUUUCACCAACCCCAAGUAUACUAUUUUUAAGGUAGCGCAAACUGAAAAUAGUGUUUCACAAACAAAUGUUUUUGAACUAGAAUAGGGGAAUAUAAUUAUUUCUUAUAUUGUUUCAUGUAUCAUGCACAUUUGAUCAUGUGUUCUUUGAUUAUGGUAUUUCUUUGUAUAAAAAAUCAUAUUACAAGAUUUGGGUAUGCACUUGAAAUAAGACCUGCUAGAGCAUUAUUAAUUUUUUUUGUUUUAAUUGUGAAUAAAAUUUCCAGGUAAGGCGUAAAAAAAUGUUUGUUUCCGGUAUCCCGACCUAUCCUAAUUUUUUGGCCCGACCCUAAAUGUUUUUAUGGCCUUGGAGAACUUUUUUUUCAACUUUUUAAUAAAAAAGUGCAAAACUGUACUUUUUAUGCUUUAAACGUUGUCAGUGUGAUGCUAGAAAUCAACUUACUGAUGCUUUAAAGGCAUAACCACCUUAUUUGUUAAUAAAAAAAUAUCCAAAAAAAAAAUCCGAUCUACCUACCCUAAUUUUUUGAGCAUGUUACCGGAAACAAAGAUUUUUUUAGGCCUUAGUCAUGUGUUUUUAAACAACUAGCCUUUUGAUUCUUAAUGCAGUGCUUUCUCUUUUGAGAUAAUAUAACAUGCCAAAACCACUGCAAAUGGAUCAAAAUAGAAAAGAUAACAAACGUUUAAGAAAAUGUAUUAAUUUCUGUACACUUACCAAAAAAAAAAAAAAAAGGUAUGUAUUGAUUAGUCUAAUAAGAACUCUUUUUAGUACAAAUGUACAUGUAAAUGUUUGCCAAAUUUAGUCGCAUUUUCGUAUUUUUUUUUUUCUAUUAUAUACGUGUCUCAUUUUAUUUAUAGCAAAUAAAUACGUGAUGUUAUAUGAUAUUAUUUACUUUUUUCGGUCUCUUGAUCUUCCUUGAAUCGCGUUCAUUGUAUUCUGUGAAACGUUUCAACAACAAAAUUGAGAUUUUUCACCAUGUGUCGUACAUUCAUCUCAGCUUAUCCAACAGCAAAACCCAGAACAUGGUCAUUGGUAUCUAGACUUUCAGUGAUGGUACCUACCUUUCCUGUUGUCCUUUUCAUCUCGGUAAAAUAAAAAAGUUUGCUUAACCGGAACGAACUUUCUUUACACCCUCUAUAACGGUGGACUUGUAUGAAUUUU